CCGGAGCAGCAACAGCUCGGGGGCUGCAGCUGCAACUGGGCGCAGCUCCUGGGGCCCACUGGGCAGAUUGGAUCCGAGGAAACUGAGCAAUUACAAAGGGAGGAGACGCUUCCAGAUCACCGCGUCCACCCAGGUGUGGAGGAGAAAACGGCGGCCUGCCUUUCGGUGCCCACGCCACCGCUGCACCCUGUCCCAUCCCGCCGGGAGCAUGCUGUGGGGUAGCCCGUGUGGGAUGCUGCUGCCGCGGACCGGGCUGCUCGCCCUGGCUGCGCUCUGCCUGCUCCGGGUGCCCGGAGCCCGGGCAGCAGCCUGCGAGCCAGUCCGCAUUCCCCUGUGCAAGUCCCUGCCCUGGAACAUGACCAAGAUGCCCAACCACCUGCACCACAGCACUCAGGCCAACGCCAUCCUGGCCAUCGAGCAGUUCGAAGGUCUGCUGGGCACCCACUGCAGCCCCGACCUGCUCUUCUUCCUCUGUGCCAUGUACGCGCCCAUCUGCACCAUCGACUUCCAGCACGAGCCCAUCAAGCCCUGCAAGUCGGUGUGCGAGCGCGCCCGGCAGGGCUGCGAACCCAUACUCAUCAAGUACCGCCACUCGUGGCCGGAAAGCCUGGCCUGCGAGGAGCUGCCGGUCUACGACCGGGGCGUGUGCAUCUCUCCCGAGGCCAUCGUCACCGCAGACGGAGCUGAUUUUCCUAUGGAUUCUAGCAAUGGAAACUGUAGAGGGGCAAGCAGUGAACGCUGCAAAUGUAAGCCUAUUAGAGCUACACAGAAGACAUAUUUUCGGAACAAUUACAACUAUGUCAUUCGAGCAAAAGUUAAGGAGGUGAAGACAAAGUGCCAUGAUGUGACAGCUGUGGUUGAAGUGAAGGAGAUUUUGAAGGCUUCUCUGGUAAACAUCCCAAGAGACACGGUGAACCUUUAUACCAGCUCUGGCUGCCUGUGCCCUCCACUUAAUGUUAACGAGGAAUACAUCAUUAUGGGCUAUGAAGAUGAGGAGCGCUCCAGAUUGCUCUUGGUAGAAGGUUCCAUAGCUGAGAAAUGGAAGGAUCGACUUGGUAAAAAAGUGAAGCGUUGGGAUAUGAAGCUCCGUCAUCUUGGACUGAGUAAAAGUGAUUCGAGCCACAGCGAUUCCACUCAGAGUCAGAAGUCUGGCAGAAACUCUAGCCCUCGGCAAACACGCAAUUAAUUUUGAAAUGCAAGAAAGCAUGAUCAGUGGACUUCCUAUUAAGACUUGUAUUGCUGGACUAGCAAAGGAAAAUUGCACUAUUGCACGUCAUAUACUAUUGUUUACUACAAAAAUCAUGUGGUAACUUAUACUACAACGAUUUCCUCUAUUUUCUGCUUUUCUCUACCUAUCCCCCAUCCCUUUUUCAUGAUCUGCCUGCAGAUUCUGAAAUAAUGUUUCUGUUUCACUAAUCAUGGGAAAACUGCUCUGUUGCAAUAAUAGUAAUAAUAAAUUAAAUAUGUUG